CUUAGGAAAAUGCUGAUGAGCAGCUGUGGAUUUCCAAAACUUUUUAACUCAACGCUCUCGGCCUCCUGAAUAAACCGAGGAAGACAGAACAACGCUCCCAAAACCUUCCCACCGGAGAUAUUAAGAUGAGCUCAGACCCGGUGGAGCACCCAGAGGCUCCGGCUGAACAGACAGAGCGCAACGGAAUAGACUUUAACAGACAGAUUAAAACAGAGGACCUCAACGACUCGCCUCAUUCAGCCUCCUCAGUGAAGACAUGUCAUCUCACACAGAGCUCUCCAGUUCAUGGGGGUCAACUGACUGGGGAGCUCACCUCCCUCCAUCCAAUGCAGCAGCUGGUUCUGAUGCCGCCCUCUCACCUGUCGACUCCCUCCCCCUUCCUGCUCUCCCAGAGUCCCUCCAGCCACCAAGCGCUCCUGCAGCCGAACCUGCUGUCCCUUCCCGGCCAGAAUCCACCGGGUCUCCUUCAGCACCAGUCUGGGUUAGCUCUGACUCCACAGGCUAUGAGCCGUUCCGGUUUGGCCGGACCGUCCAUGGAGAACCACAUGGACAUGUCGCACCUGCAGAUGCCCAAACACAUGUCUGUGGCGCCACAGGAGGAACCCAACGACUUGGAGGAACUGGAGCAGUUUGCCAAAGCGUUCAAACAAAGACGCAUCAAGCUGGGCUUCACGCAGGGAGACGUGGGCCUGGCGAUGGGAAAACUCUACGGGAACGAUUUCAGCCAGACAACAAUAUCCCGAUUCGAGGCUCUCAACCUCAGCUUCAAAAAUAUGUGCAAGCUCAAACCUUUGCUGGAGAAGUGGCUCAGUGAUGCAGAGAACUCACCUUCAGAUUCAAUGAGCACUUCGACAUCCAUGCCGCCUCUGAUCGAGGGCUACGGACGCAAGCGGAAAAAGAGGACUAGCAUAGAAACAAACAUCAAGUUGACGCUGGAGAAACGUUUUAUGGACAAUCCCAAGCCUAACUCAGAGGAGAUAACCUUGAUCUCUGAGCAGCUUUCCAUGGAGAAGGAGGUGGUUCGGGUUUGGUUCUGUAAUCGUCGUCAGAAGGAGAAGAGGAUCUACUGCCCAGUAGCUAAUUUAGCAGUAAAAUCACACAGCUACAACUCCAGAAUGGCCUCCACUUCCAGAUCCUACAGCCCUUUGGCCUCAGGUGCAGUUUCAUCGAAUUCGUCCCCAAACAGCAACAGCAGGGAACCGUCUCCCAACAGUCUCACUGCAGCCUCAGUUGCUCUGAACUCUCAGGUCAACCCAGCUUCCUACAGCACACCGGGUUCCUGGUACCGCGCUUGGAAUCCCGCAACUUAUCAUCACUGAGAGCCACAAACUGUAUCAUAUGAAGCUUUUUGAAGAUUGUUUAAGAAGGAUGAAGAUCGAUUAACACGCUCUGCCUGUUUUGAGCAGGGCUACAACUACCAAUACACGCUAUACCCAACAAAACAACCCAACACAAACCAGGACUUCAACACACAGAUUUCCUGCCAGUUCAUCGUCCAUGGAAGAUUCAAGCAGCUGGAGCCGUUCAGUCAGUGCUCGUGGAAAUCUUUGUUCGACUGAAAAAUGAAGGAUGAAGAAAAAUGAUCAUUAGAAUCACCAGUGGGAAGUCUCAUGUUUGAGUCCUCAUGCUCAAGACACUAAUACUGUAUUUUAAAUGUUGAAGGAUUCAUGUGCAGAUUCACUGAAAUUGCGUCAAACUACUUCUUUACUUCACCUUUGUAAAAAACAACAACAACAGUUAUCUGCUGUUAACAAUGCUUACCUGGGUGUGCUCAUAUUUAAUUUAAACCUUGUGUAUAGCCCCAAUCCACAGCACAAAGUGACCAACUAGCUUCAUAUUAUAGAUGAGAUCACAGUCCAAAUACAGGAACCAUGGUUUCUUCACUGCACACUAUUAUUAGAAAAAAAUAUUAGAAAUUUACUAUACAUACAACCCCACUUAUGACAGACAAAUUUCAGUUGUUCUUCAGCAAGAACAACUUUAUGAUCCCCUCUUAUUAGAAAUAUAAAAAAAAAACCUAAAUUAAAUUGCUUGGCUUUCUGGCAAAGACCUGAUUUUUCACCAUAUCCAUUAAUUUUUAAAGGUUAAAGUAAUUGUCAUUCCAGUAGCUUAAUGUUAGCCUGCAUUGUCCAGUCCAAAAACCAGUCCUGAUGUCCAAUUUUAAGCCAUCUGACACAAAUUGUUCCCUUAAAAAAGGAAAUUAGUUAAAAUGUUGCAGAACAACCAAACACCUGCAUAGCUAUCGCGAUCCUGAACGAAGCUAGUUUAACACCCUAGUAAACCUGUUCCACAAUGGACACCUCAAAUUUGGUCCAACGAGACAAAGACUGAGCUAUUUGAAGACAACGGUGAAAAAAAUGUUUGAAGGAGUCACGGUGAGGCUUUCAAACCAAAGAGCACUGCAUCAGCUGUGAACACGGUGGUGGCAGCAUCAUGCUGUGGGUUCGUCACUGCCAGUGGUGCUUUGAACAAAGUUGGUGGGAUAAUGAAGACAGAGCACUACCUGUAAAUCUUUCAACUCCACCUCAAGUCAACAGCAAGAUGCCAGAAAAUGGGAACAAUGACGGCAAACACAUUUCAAUUCAAUUAAAUUUUAUUUAUAUAGUGCCAAUUCAUGAAACAUGUCAUCUCAAGGCACUUUACCA